AUGGGCGGAGAGGGCGUGGCUGGGCUUCGGCCACCCGGGGCGCGAAUCGCGCAGCAAUUACAGCUCUUCUGCGUGUCCUGUCUCCUGAUCCGCACCCCAGCCACCCCGUAGGUUUGCCCGCUACCCCCCGCCAUGGGCUUGGAGCUCUACCUGGACCUGCUGUCCCAGCCCUGCCGCGCCGUCUACAUCUUCGCCAAGAAGAACGGCAUCCCCUUCGAGCUGCGCACCGUGGACCUUAUGAAAGGCCAGCACCUCAGCGAUGCUUUUGCCCAGGUGAACCCCCUGAGGAAGGUGCCAGCCUUGAAGGAUGGAGACUUCACCUUAGCGGAGAGUGUGGCCAUCCUGUUGUAUCUGAGCCGCAAGUACAAGGCCCCUGACCACUGGUACCCCCAGGACCUGCAGGCCCGCGCCCGGGUGGACGAGUACCUGUCCUGGCAGCACACGGCCCUGCGAGUGAGCUGCACCCGGGCCCUGUGGCAGAAGAUGAUGUUGCCGGGGUUCCUGGGCGAGGUGGUGCCCCCCGAGACAUUGGCGGCCACGUUGGCUCAGUUGGACAGGUGCCUGCAGCUCCUGGAGGACAAGUUCUUACGUGACCAGGCCUUCCUCACGGGGCCCCACAUCUCCAUGGCGGACUUGGUGGCCAUCACAGAACUGAUGCAUCCUGUCAGUGCCGGCUGCCGAGUCUUCGAGGGCCGACCCAAACUGGCUGCAUGGCGGCAGCGUGUGGAGGCUGCAGUCGGGGAAGACCUCUUCCAGGAAGCCCACGCCCUUGUUCUGAAGGCCAAGGACAUGCCUCCAGCAGACCCUGCUGUGAAAGAGAAGCUGAGGCCCUUAGUGCGGGUGUUCUUGCAGUGAAUGGGUGACUGGGGCCUGCAGAGCCACCAACAGAGACACUGACUUGUCAGAAUAAAGACCUGGGGCCACCUGUCUCCUGGGCUGUCCGACCGUCUCUGGAACCCAGUGACCCCUGAGUGUUAGGCUGACAUCCUUCUGUCUUGUCACCCCACUUAUACCCUUCCGCUCCAGCUUCCAUGGGACCUCCUGUAAGAGCUCUAGUAAACUUGACUUGAUUCUGUC